AUGAUGGUGAAAGAGGACUAUGGUAUCGUCGAUCAGCAUGUUCAAAUCAGUUAUCUACCUAGUGAUUUGACUGAUAAAUCAGGGUUUCCCCCAGUCAUUAUCACAAAUGAUCGUCAAGUUAAAAAUUUUGUUGGAUAUGCAAAAAAAAACCCUUCAGUUCGGCUCUGUGUGACACUGACAGGUCCAUCUGCAAUUAGAAGCAAACUUGUCAACAUUGAUUUGAAUAAAGAGCCCUCUGACUCUGGCAGCGAUGAGAAACAGCAGGAAAAACCUGAACCUUUAGUCUUACAGCUGCAAAAUGAUGGCUGCACAACAGGUGCUCGUAAGCUAGACGGCCUUGGCAAGGAUGCUGAAGAUAUUUUUUUUGGUGAGGAGGAUGAAAAAAUCCAAUCUCGGUGUUGGUUAGUAGACGCUGUCAAGAAGGGGCAACUUUUCAAAAGCAAAAACUAUUUGAAAGCGACUUUUGAAAUAUGUGCAAUGCAGCACAACUUUGAUUAUGAUGUGACGAAAUCUACAAAAAAAAUCUGGUCAAUACGCUGCAAAGAUAGGGUGUGCUCCUGGAGCGUUCGUGCAGAAUGUUUAGAAGGCUCAACCUAUUUCAAAAUAAACAAGUAUGUUGCUGAACAUACAUGUGCUCCAUCGAAAAAAACAAAAAUCGGUAGAACAGCUUCAGCGAAAACAAUUGGACUACAGAUUAUGCAUAGGUUUGAAGGUGUUAAAGAAGGGCCAAUACCUCGGGAAAUCAUGGAAUUUAUGCGAAGUGAGUAUGGAUGCGAGAUCUCCUACCAACAUGCUUGGGAUGCGCGUGAAAAUGCAGUUAGUGUUGCUAAAAGAAUUCCAGAAAAAGGUUAUGGCAAAAUUCCCAAAUAUUUGCACAUGUUGAAACAAGCUAAUCCGGGUACGCAUACUCAUUUCGAAACUGAUUCCGAUAAUAGAUUCAAAUAUCUAUUUAUUGCUUUCGGCCAGUCGAUUAGAGGUUUCUAUAGAGCUAUGCGUAGGGUUAUUGUUGUUGAUGGCACGUUUUUGAAAAGCAAAUACAAAGGUGUUCUGCUUGUCGCUACAGCGUUAGAUGGUGACUCCAGCUUGUAUCCAAUAGCAUUUGGGGUUGUUGAUUCUGAGAAUGAUCGGUCUUGGGAGUGGUUUUUCAGGCAGCUAUUGGUCGUUAUAGCUGAUGGGCAAGGUGUAGCUUUUGUGUCAGAUAGAAAUGUGUCUGUUACUAAAGCACUUGCUAGAGUUUAUCCGCACUCUUCACAUGGAAUUUGCAUACAUCAUUUGUUGAGUAAUGUGGCAUCUCAUUUCAAGACAAAGGGUUUGGUUGGUUUAAUUGCAAAAGCGUCAAAAGAAUAUAGGGUAUCUGAAUUUGAGAGGCGAUUCAAUGAUAUUCGCAACAUAAGUCCGCUCGUUGCGAAAUACUUGAUGGAGGCUGGUGUGGAAAAGUGGGCGCGAUGCAAGUUUUCUGGAUUCAGAUAUGACAUCCGAACCACUAACCCAGCUGAGUCGAUGAAUUCUGUUCUGUUAGCACCCAGAGAGUUUCCUGUCAUUCCUUUGUUGGACAACAUCAGAGAAAUGUUAACCAAAUGGUAUACCACUGCCGUAUGGAGAAUAGCUUACGAAGAAAGCAUUAAUCCAAUAGCCGUUCCAGAGGAUGCAUGGGUCGUCCCAUUGGACAUUGAAAAUUCCAAAGUUCUUGCACCAGAAACACGGAGAGCAGCUGGUAGACGACGCAAGCGAAGAUAUGAGACGGUGGAAGACGUAAUACGUUUUGAUGAACCUACUGCCAUUGCGCUGUAA